AUGAGCGAGUCUGUGAAGGUGGCUGUGAGAUGUCGCCCGAUGAACGCUCGGGAGCUCCAGCAAGGAUGCAGGAACGUGGUAACGAUCGAUUCCGCGUCAAAAUGCUGCACCCUCGAGUGUCCAGCAGCCGCAGGCCCCGGAAACGGCAAGGUGUACCAAUUUGACGCCGCCUUCGGUCCGGAAGCAACUACGGAAUUCGUCUACGAAAACGUUGGUUCGGUCAUCGUGGAAGCUGUACUGGACGGCUACAAUGGCACCGUGUUUGCAUACGGACAAACAGGCUGCGGCAAAUCGCACACAAUGCGUGGUUUCAUCGAACGUACUUUAGACCACAUCUUCGAGGCCACGUCGACGGCCAGCGCGCAAAUGAGAUACUUGGCCCUGCUGAGUUACCUGGAAAUUUACAACGAACGAUUAAGGGAUCUAUUGCAAGACGGUGCGAGCGAUCUACUGACCUUGAAAGAGGAUCCCAAUCGUGGAACUUACGUGGCUGGAGGUUUGAGAGAGGUGACGGUGAAAGAUGCGGCGGAAUGUGCACGACUGGUCGAACAAGGUGAUAGAAGAAGAGCUGCCGCAGCUACUAAAAUGAACGCAGCUAGUUCCAGAAGUCACGCUGUGUUGACGUUAUCCUUGGAAACGCUGGCCAUUAACGAGGAGAACAGUAAGACUGAGAAUACGGUGAAGAGGGGAAGGCUUCACCUGGUGGAUCUUGCUGGAUCCGAGAGGCAAGCGAGGACUGGUGCCACCGGAGAUAGACUGAAAGAGGCAGCUAGCAUUAAUUUAAGCCUUUCCGCGCUGGGAAACGUGAUCAGUGCGUUGGCUGCUGGUCAUGGCAGACACGUGCCAUAUAGAGACAGCAAACUAACCAGGCUACUAAGAGACAGCCUCGGUGGAAAUGCGAGAACUCUAAUGAUAGCUUGUAUAAGUGGCAGCGACGUGGACGCCGAAGAAACUCUGAGUACCUUGCGAUACGCAGCCAGAGCUCGAUGUAUCAAGAACAAACCUGUCGUCAACGAGGAUCCAAAAGACGCUUUACUGAGGCAAUAUCAAUUAGAACUGCAACGUCUAAGGAAGUUGAUCGAGUCGAACGAUCAGUCGCUCGUAAAAGAGAUACCCGCGAAGGCAGAAAUCGAAGACGAAGAGAGUAUCGAGCAACGAGAAUACACCGAGCAUGUGAAAAGAUUAAAGGAGGAGUGCGAACACUCCAAUCUAUCUGCUCAGAAGCUUCGAGAGGAAUUACAGGCUAUGAAGACUCGCUACGAAGCUGGUACUAUCGGCGAUACGAGGCCCAAGCCUGUUUCUCAGCGGCCGAUGGACGAACAGGAUGUGGAACGGGAGGAAAGGCGAAGAAAGAAGCGAGAAGCGGCCAUGCAAGAGGUAUUGAAGAGAUUGGAAAGGUUAACUAUCGGAGGAGAGGAGCAAGGAAAUACCGAACUGAGGAGACGACGAGAAAAAAGAAGGAAGAGGCUGGAGGCUCUCGCUUCGGCUCUGGAGACUAGCGCUCAGGAAGGAAACGGAAGCGUCUUCCAGGUGUAUGGUCAACUCCGAUCGACGGAAGAUGCGCUAAAACGAAUGGCGAAACGAGCGAAGCAACUCGAAGCGGAAGCAGCCGAUCUCCAAGCUUGCUGGGACGCGGAGCGACGCGAUCUCUUGCGCAGAGAACUGCUUACCUCGCAAAUAUGCGACGCGAUGGUUCCUCAUCUUCGACCCGGAUGUCCGUUUCGCGAUGUCGCUGCCGUCAGAUCCACGGCCACUUGGAGCGACGAGCUGGGUCGUUGGAGAUUACCGGACGCGACGCCAUAUAUUUCCCUUCCUCCAGCGUCGUUAGCGCCUAAAGACAAUAUACAGUACAACGUAGCAGUGCCUUCCAAACCUGAUCUUAACAAUAAUAGCAAUAACGAGGAUAACGUGGACGAGAUCGACGUGGAAGCCGAGAACGAGGAGAGCAGCGAACAGGAACGAGCGAAGAAACUCGAUAUCGUUGACACGUACUUUCGACGAAAUAGGAUCGACAAGCUCUUGGCUCACGCGAGAGAAGCGAAAACUUUUGAACCGGGCAGCCGACUCAGCAGAUCAGUUGGUUCCGAGGAUAGCGUUCCUUUUGGAGGCAAUCGUCUUCAACUGAACGCCUUAAAUCUGCAAAGUAGCGCGCCAGUGAUCGGCGACUUGGAUGGUUACAGGCCAACGCAACGUCUACCGACCGGACGAACGAGCCGACCAGGUUGGACGUUGGAAGAGAAUUCGAUAAAUAACAAAAGUUGUCUCGUUAAUCAAGCGAUAAAGCGGAAUCCUCCUCGAAUCUUGGAGGCGUUGCCCUCGCAACGCAAUCCCCAAGGUACGAACGAUGUCUUCAAGUUUGGAAAUAAAGCCACGUCGGAGAGAAUAUCCGAUAAACUAUCGUCGGCAUUCGUUGGCAACCAAGCGGAUGACAACCAUUCGACGCUGGUCGAACACGCUCGUUCCCCCGCGUAUCGAGAUCGAAGGCACAAAGCCACUGACAGUCGGCAAUCGCGGACUAGGACGACAUCGGUGGGAGACGCGGAUGAGGAAGUAGCGUUUGAAGCGUGUAUCCUACGAACGUGAUAGCGACGAAUAUCCUCGUGCAACCAGUCACUUUCCAUACCUACUUGGUCAGGGAUGACGGAGGCUACGCGUGAACUUUACUUUUCGUUGUGGGAAGAUAGCGAUUUAACGAACGACCCUCUGCCUUCCACUCCUCUGGUUUUUAACUCGUUAAGGACGAAGCAGCGAAAUAUCGUGUAAAAGUUGCGUAAAUGCGGCAGUAUUAAAAAGAGGUAAAUAAAGUAAGUUAUUAUAUUGUGAAAUUAGAAAAAAAAAUCCAUCGGAAUGAUCGUCUCCUGGAGAAUAACAGAUUACUCGAUGUAAAUACGUUAUAAGCAAUACGUACAAGAUAGGUACUGCAAUUUUUUCGAGUUGCAUGUUUAUUUCGAUUCAUCGUGUCGCCGUUGUUUUUUUGAUAUUUUUUUCAUAUCAGGUUGCUUUUUUAUAUCUACGAUUUUUAAUAAAAUUAGUUGCUUUAAGAAUAUAAGUUAUACGUUUAAACGAUCUUUUUACGAUCUUCGAUAUAAUUUUCAACCAACGUACGAUACGAUUGAAUCGUCAUUAUCAAUCUACAAUUUACGAUAUGUAUGCAAAUGUAAGCGCAAAAUAUUCGGUCCAAUAUUCGAUAGUUGUCUUUUACGUUGUAUCGGUUUCGAAAAAAUUAAUCUCUCCGAUGUUAUCGGCGCUCUACGCCGACGCCGCUACUUGUUGCUAUAAAUAGAUCGAAUAAAAUUUAAAUUACCAAUAAUCUCAAUUUUUUUCGUUCCUCGCGAUACAUCAUCGUGAACGUUACGCGAUCGUCGAAUGUUAACAAAACUCGUCAGAAAUCAACUUAUCUUUAACGUAAUCGUACAAAACAUUUCCUUAUCCGUUUUUACAUCUAAUCUAUGUUGAACCGUGACUUUAAUCGCAAACGACCAUCGAGCUGGAACAAACUGGUACUUUUUGUGAAAUCUAGCGCAAUUCGACACACUUUUCAGGGAAAUCUCGACGUUGGUCGAUAAUAGAAAAAAAAAAGAAAAGAGAGAGAGAAAAUUCCCAAAUCGGUUGAAACCCGAAGGAAUUGUAAUUCGAUUCGGAUUCGAGCAGACCAACGGAAAUACGAUCGAAAAUCGACUAAAAUGAAAUCAGCUUUCGAAACGUGCUAUAAAUUUACAGACAAUUAAUAUUCGCGGUAAUAAACGUUUGCAGUUUUAAAUACGAAAUCUAUAACUUUCGGUGCGAUGUGCGCGUAGCGCGAAACAACGGACAGGGUUCGUAGGACUGUAGCUUUCCGUACGUACGUUUCCAUACGUACGUUUCCAUACGUAGGUAGAAACAAACGACACUGCUUCGAUCUCUACUCUGUAGGAGCGACAGAAGUUAAAGUAAAAAAGGAGAAACUUCGACGGUUAGUCAUUGUAAUUACACGAUGACGGAAAACUCUGUACAGUCACGGUUGCCUAGCGUUCGUUGCGAUACUUUUCGGAUUAGAUACUGAUUUAUCGUUCCUCGAUAAAGAUCGUUGCGAAAUAUCCGCCUUACGGGAGAGAUUUCAGGUGUACCAACGGCGAUUUUCACCUGACACACGCGCGCCACUAAAAAGUGCCAGAGAAAGAAUCAAAGUUGCUAAAGUCUACCUGCGAUCCAUCUACGAUAAUAAUGCUAUGAAAUUUUUGUACGUGGAGCUUUGUUCGAGCGUUACGCGGUCGUAAGUAGAAAAAGAGACGAAAUAAAAGGAAAAGUUUGUAAACGAAAGUGUAUUACGGUUUCCGUCAUUCGCUUUAGAAAUUAAUUGCCUCUUUCUUACAGGGGACUAUAACGGAAUAACUUCUUUAUUUUUUUCCUUUCUUCGUAAUUGCAAAGUGUACGGUUGUAGUAGAAAAUCGUAUUUUGUAAAGCGUCCUGUUGCUUCGCGUAUACGACGUGUAUGGAAACAAGGAAUUUUCGUAUACUGAUAUUUUCGAUUUUAAUAAUUUUAAUAAUUAAUAAAUAGGAAGUAAAAAAGUUUCUUGUGACGCGAGAAUCGAUACCAAUUUGCGAUACGCAGCCACGAUAUCAAAACGAACCGAGGCCAUAGACGAACGGUGCCAAAGAUGAUAUCCCCUCGAAGCUUUUAGAGAAAUUUCACAGCCAGUCGCGCGAACUGAUCGAGCAACCGGUGACUCUCUCCUAAAACCUUUACUUUCCAUUGAAUCUCCGGAAAGAGGAAACACGAAACAGAGGCGAAAUUAUAAAAAGUCUAUUAUAAAAAAAAAAAAACAUUCAAAAAUACCUAUGACGAAUUUUUUCUGAAAAGACCGUGUAACAAACACGGUUUAUUUCCAGUUAAUUUUCUUUCAAAAUACGUUUGUCAACGUUAAUCGGAAACUAAUUGCCGUUCUCGAGUCAACGUAACGACGAUAAUCUAUAAUUUCGCAACACUUUGGUAUUCCGGUAACAUUAACGUGCCUCGUACGAAAUACGCUUUUAAACGAACGAACAUGGUUAUUCCAAGUGGAAGAUGAUUUAGUUGGUCAUGUUCGAAACGCGUAGUACGCUUCGUGUAAUAAAACCGACGCGUAAGUAUUUUCGUUGAAGAAAAUAAAAGUGGCCUUGAAUACCGCAACACUAACGAUCCGAAAAAAGAAGACAAUUUCUCCGGCUUUCUUCAACGUCGAACACAACUUUUCCCCCAUUCUCUCGAUAACUCGAGAAACGAAGAAACAUUCGUACGUUCGAUUACCAUCGAGUUAAGAUCAAAUAUAAAUUAACUUUAAACCCUGCUACAUUUUACCACCUUUGCUACAUUUCACAUUCACAUUGAAUAACAAUAGGCGUUAGAUAUACACAGAAUAAUUAGUUCUACGAAUCAUCUCAUCGCGUAUCGCGGCUUAUCGAUAUAGCGAAUGAUCGACCGUUCGAACGCUUUGCUGAUCUUUGCAAACUGUAUACACGCGACAGAUAUCUUCUAAUUUUUAUAUACUUUGUCAGAUACGUUUCAAACUUUGUCGCUAUAAUCACGAUAUGCCUCGAUAUGCGACGAAUGCCUCGUUAGUGCGCUAAUGGGAUUUCAAAAUAUUUCGUAUAACGCGUAUAUAUGCAAAAAGUUUCGAAUACUUUCGCGAGCUACUCUACGUACGAGUAGGUCUCUUGGGAUGUCAUUAACGUUCGGUGCUCGUUAUAUCCUUUAUAUAAUGCUUUAUCUUGCGCUCUACUAGGAAUCCGUAACACGCGAAACAAAGAGUUCCUACGAUCGUUUCCCUUGAUACUCGGUGUCGUAGAACCGUAUUAUUUAUUGGCUAAUAAAAUCGAUCUGAAAUUACUCGUGAUCGAGUGAAACGGUCGUAAAGAUUACGUGGAAAAAAGUGUCGCGAACGAACUCGCCCGUUCCAACAUUCAGGGAGAACGAAAGCGAACGAGCUCGCCCGUUCCAACAUUCGGAGAGAACGAAA